GCUGCCGUCGGCGGCAGGUGGCGCGGCCGGACUGCCUCUGGUAAAGGCAAAAUGGCUUUCAGUAAAGGAUACCGCGUCUAUCACAAGCUGGAUCCACUUCCAUUCAGUGUGAUAGUGGAAGCCAGAAACAGAGAAGAAUGUCUCAUGUUUGAAUCCGGAGCUGUGGCUGUCCUCUCUUCUGCAGAAAAAGACACAAUCAAGAAUACCUAUUCCAAAGUAAUGGACGCAUAUGGUCUUUUGGGUGUAUUAAGAUUAAAUCUUGGAGACACAUUGUUACAUUAUCUGGUUCUAGUAACAGGAUGCAUGUCUGUGGGAAAGAUUCAAGACUCGGAAGUUUUUCGAGUUACUUCCACCGAGUUUGUAUCGUUACGGAUUGAUUCAACAGAUGAGGAUCGUAUUUCAGAAGUGCGCAAAGUUUUGAACUCGGGCAACUUUUAUUUUGCAUGGUCUGCAACUGGGGUCAGUUUAGAUCUUAGUCUCAAUGCUCACCGCAGCAUGCAGGAGCACACCACUGACAAUAGGUUCUUCUGGAACCAGUCACUGCAUUUACAUCUGAAGCACUAUGGUGUGAACUGUGAUGACUGGUUGUUACGUCUCAUGUGUGGAGGAGUGGAGAUAAGGACAAUUUAUGCGGCUCACAAGCAGGCAAAGGCUUGUCUCAUUUCACGACUGAGCUGUGAGCGGGCUGGCACCAGAUUUAACGUUCGGGGAACAAAUGAUGAUGGACACGUUGCUAACUUUGUUGAAACAGAGCAGGUGAUAUUUUUGGAUGACUCUGUGUCAUCUUUCAUACAGAUUCGAGGAUCUGUUCCAUUAUUUUGGGAGCAGCCAGGUCUGCAGGUGGGAUCCCAUCGUGUCAGAAUGUCAAGGGGUUUUGAGGCGAAUGCACCAGCUUUUGACAGGCAUUUCCAAACUCUUAAAAAUUUAUAUGGCAAGCAAAUAAUUGUAAAUUUACUUGGGGCAAAAGAAGGGGAGCACAUGCUCAGCAAAGCUUUUCAGAGCCAUUUGAAAGCAUCUGAACAUUCAACUGAUAUCAAAAUGGUGAACUUCGACUAUCAUCAAAUGGUUAAAGGUGGAAAAGCAGAAAAACUGCACAGUGUGCUUAAACCUCAAGUCCAGAAAUUCUUAGAGUGUGGAUUUUUUUAUUUUGAUGGAAAGGAAGUUAAAAGAUCUCAAAGCGGUACUGUCAGAACAAACUGCUUGGACUGUCUGGAUAGAACAAACAGCGUACAAGCUUUCUUUGGCUUGGAGAUGCUAACAAAACAACUGGAGGUGUUAGGAUUAGCUGAGAAGCCUCAGUUGGUUACUCGCUUUCAGGAAGUUUUCCGAUCCAUGUGGUCUGUGAAUGGUGAUUCUGUCAGUAAAAUUUAUGCUGGAACUGGAGCCCUUGAAGGGAAAGCUAAGGCUGGAAAGCUGAAGGAUGGUGCUCGUUCUGUGACCAGAACGAUUCAAAAUAACUUUUUUGAUAGCUCCAAGCAGGAGGCCAUUGAUGUUUUGUUAUUGGGAAAUACCCUAAAUAGUGAUUUAGCAGAUAAAGCACGGGCUCUCUUAACCACCAGCAGUUUACGCGUUUCAGAGCAAUCAUUACAAUCAGCAUCUGUAAAAGUGUUAAAGAGUAUGUGUGAAAACUUUUAUAAGUAUGCAAAACCGAAAAAAAUUAGAGUCUGUGUCGGGACAUGGAAUGUCAACGGGGGGAAGCAGUUUCGAAGUAUUGCCUUUAGAAAUCAGACCCUCACUGACUGGCUUCUAGAUGCACCAAAGUUAGCUGGAAUUCAUGAAUUCCAAGAUCGCAAAAGCAAGCCUGUAGACAUAUUUGCCAUUGGAUUUGAAGAAAUGGUGGAGUUAAAUGCAGGAAACAUUGUGAAUGCCAGCACAACCAAUCAGAAGCUCUGGGCUGCUGAGCUGCAGAAGACUAUAUCAAGAGAUUACAAGUAUGUGCUGCUGGCUUCUGAGCAGUUGGUGGGCGUCUGCCUUUUUGUGUUCAUCAGGCCCCAGCAUGCGCCUUUUAUCAGGGAUGUUGCUGUUGACACUGUAAAGACUGGCAUGGGAGGAGCCACUGGUAAUAAAGGUGCAGUAGCAAUUCGGAUGUUGUUCCAUACAUCCAGUCUUUGCUUUGUCUGCAGUCAUUUUGCUGCAGGGCAAUCACAAGUUAAGGAGAGAAAUGAAGACUUCGUAGAAAUAGCUCGGAAGCUCAGUUUUCCAAUGGGAAGGAUGCUCUUUUCCCAUGAUUAUAUCUUUUGGUGUGGUGACUUUAAUUAUCGAAUUGAUAUUCCAAAUGAGGAGGUUAAGGACCUAAUACGACAACAGAACUGGGACUCCCUUAUUGCAGGAGACCAGCUUAUGAAUCAGAAAAAUUCUGGACAGAUUUUUAGGGGAUUUUUGGAAGGCAAAAUAAAUUUUGCUCCCACAUACAAAUAUGAUCUGUUUUCUGAUGACUAUGACACCAGUGAAAAAUGUCGCACACCAGCAUGGACGGAUCGUAUUCUCUGGAGAAGAAGAAAAUGGCCUUUUGACCGAUCAGCUGAAGACCUGGAUCUUCUGAAUGCUAGUUUUCACAGUGACAGUAACGUCCCUUAUACAUGGAAUCCUGGUACUUUGUUGCACUACGGAAGAGCAGAGCUGAAAACAUCUGAUCAUAGGCCUGUGGUUGCAUUGAUUGACAUUGACAUAUUUGAAAUUGAAGCAGAAGAGAGACAAAAGGUUUAUAAGGAGGUGAUUGCAAUGCAAGGACCACCUGAUGGUACUGUAAUGGUCUCCAUCAAAAGUUCUUCAGCAGAAGAAAACUAUUUUGAUGACAACUUAAUUGAUGAACUUCUUCAAAAAUUUGCAGGCUAUGGUGAAGUUAUACUUAUAAGGUUUGUAGAAGACAAGAUGUGGGUAACAUUUUUGGAAGGAAGCUCUGCUUUGAAUGUUAUGAAUUUGAAUGGUACUGAGCUACUAGGAAGGAUUAUAAACAUAAGUUUGAAAAAUCCAGAUUGGAUCAGAACUUUGGAAGAUGAAAUGAAUCUAGAGAAGAUUAAUAUUGCGCUACCUUCAUCAACAAGCUCCACUUUGCUUUGUGAAGAUGCUGAGGUUACUGCUGACUAUGAUAUGGAAGGAGACAUUGAUGACUACAGUGCAGAAGUAGAAGAAAUCCUUCCUCAGCAUCUGCAGCCUACUUCAAGCUCUGGUCUUGGAACCUCCCCAAGCUCUUCGCCACGUUCCAGUCCCUGUCAGUCCCCUACGCUGUCAGAUGGACCUGCCCUCCCAGUGAGACCGAGCAGAGCACCAGCAAAAACUCCUGGACCACCUGUUUCCCCACACACUGAAUUUCAGGUUGGCACCCAGCAGAAAGAGUCUUCUCAGAGCCUGGAGCCUAAGCGUCCUCCUCCACCUCGCCCAGUUGCUCCUCCUGCGCGACCCGCUCCACCACAGAGGCCACCUCCACCAUCAGGCGGUAGGAGUCCUGCACCUGCUAGAAAAGAAUAUGGAGGUCUUGGAGCUCCUCCCAGUCCUGGGGUAGCUAGGAGAGAAGUAGAAGCACAAAAAAGUCCUGGAACACAAAGAAAAGAUAACUUAGUUCGUAAUCAGCCUCCACCUUCACCUGGAAUUUCAAGCACAGGAGCUGCUGGAUAUGGUACAACCAGACCGACUAUUCCACCUCGAGCUGGAGUUAUUAGUGCACCACAAAGCCAUGCACGUCCCUCUGGGGGAAGACCAGCACCUGAAACUCAGACGAAACCAGCUGAACCACCAAGGGGCUCACCGUCGCUUCCUGAACCACUAAAGCCUCAGGCUGCUGGACCUGCUCAGCCCACGACCACUCAGACACCUCCUGUGCUAAAAAUGCAGGAGCCUCUGAUACCUGUGUCAUCACAUCCACCUCAGACAAGUGCCCCACAAAGUCUGGAACCCCCACAACCACCUCCUCGGAGCCGAUCAUCUCAGAGUUUGCCUUCUGAAUCUGUUCCUUCACAGCAGCAAAUGAAAACAAAUGGAGCAUACGGCACUAAACUUGAAACGCAGUUAAACAGUGACCCUUUUGAAGAUUUGUCGUUUAAGCUGCUUGUGUCAAAGAUGCAGACAUCUGUCCGAAAAUCACCUGUUCCAACUUUGAACCAGAAGGAGUCGAUACAGUUGCCUUCAGCAACACAAAGAAAUGAUGAUAUUUUGAAUACUUUAAAUUGCAUGCCAGCAAUGCCUCCUGUUCUGACCUUUAACACAUCACAGGAACAUAAGCGCAGCUCUCCAAAUCCAUUUAUUACUGGACUGAACUGCACAAACCCAUUCACUGAAAGAACUCCUAAUGCUGGAAACCCAUUUAGAACAGAUACACAAGAGUCUGAAAUAACUUCACAUUUACUAGAAGGACGUGCCUCUUGCAAUCCUUUCCCUUCUCUAAAUCCUCUCAGUUGUAAUACAGGCAAGCCUGUAUUUUCUGUGGAUGCAUCUGAAAAUACUUUUUGCUUGCCAGGUAAAUCUGUCAUGGUAAAAAAUGUACAGCCAAAAGGACGGGUAACAUUUGAUGAUGAUGAUAAUUUCAAUGUAAAGCUAAAGCCAUCUAAAAGUGUCCCAGAUAUUAAGCAAAUCAGCUCCAGGAAGUCAGAUGGAUCUCCAGAUUUGCUGGGCACUGAACAAAAUACUUUUCUUGGUUCAGACUUUAACUUUGACAAUGACUGGAAUAGAAGUUUGACUGAUUGCUUCUAUACAAUGCCAGCAAGAAGACCACCUGCACCUCCCAUACCAUCAAGAGUAACCAGCAACAGAUCCCCCACAGAUCCUUUCACUUCCUUGGCACCUAAGGUGUCACCAACACAGGAUUUUACAGAAAGAUAGCUGUUCAAAUAUAUAAGAGGUUAUAUUUGUUGCUACAUUUAUCCAGUAGAAUAAUUGGGCAUUUGAGAUUAUUCUGUGUGCAAUAAUUAUGUCAAAUGCACUGAAACGUAACUCUGCUCGUAAACGGCCACUCUUGUUUGUGUAUAAAUUUUGAAUAUGUAUAUACGGUAGAGCACAAAAAAUUGUCUGAAAUGUAUUAAAAUCCCAAUGUAAUAGUGUUUGGAUAGACAGAGAAAAGAGGGAUGAGCUACUAAUCUCAUUAAAAUAUAGCAAUCUUGAAAAUGGUUUCUGCUUAGGGAGCCCUCCCAUUUAUGUUCCUCUUUGUGGAAUUUCUAGGAAAGAGGCUCCUUGCUGGUAGCCUCCCCAUUCCCUUUUUACUGUUUUGUUAAUUGAUAUUUAUAAAUUGAUAUUUACCAAAGAGCUGCCAAAGUUUAUUGAGAUUUGAAUGUUGACAACUAUUGUUUAGAAGUUGUUUAAUUUAUAACAGAGGCUGUGGAUAUUUGUAAGGCAUAUAUUUGAAUGUGAGGCACAACAAAAAUAGUUUAAUUUCAAACAAAACUUUGCUUAUUAAUAUAUUCAGUAUUUUAAUUUUCUGUGUCAGUAUAUUUCAGCUAUUAAAUCUUACUGUGACAUAUA